UUCGGCGUGCACCACUUACUUCGCACGGCAACAUAGAAGUGGAUGGAAGAGAGAGAGGAUGGUGAAAACUUGAAAGAGAGAGCGUAGAGAUGAGAGGAGAGAAACGAAUUUGAUCCACAACAAAAUAGUGAGCCUGUCUCUUCUAAUCGCACAGUCUGUUUUCCACUACGGUCCUGAUUCUGUUUCAUUUAUCGCGAAUUAGUCUGUGUUUUUGUUUGUUUAUUUUGCAUGUUUAUUUGUGUCAACUGGGUAUUUACGGCUGACAGGACAGCUGGAGAAAAACAGGCUCCGAACCGUGCGCCAGUGAACGUCACAUGAAUGCCAUCAUUCUAUGCCAGAAAGAAUGUCUGGUCAGCAUUACUGCUUACGAUGGAACAAUUAUCAAAGCAACAUGACCUCGGUUUUUCAUCAGCUGUUAGAAAAUGAAGCCUUUGUCGACGUGACGCUGGCCUGCAACGAUUUGUCACUGAAGGCGCACAAAGUGGUCCUGUCUGCCUGUUCGUCGUAUUUCCAGAAACUGUUGCUCGAAAAUCCCUGCAAACACCCGACAAUAAUAAUGCCCCAGGAUGUCGGCUACGCGGACCUGAAGUUCAUCAUCGAGUUCGUCUACAAAGGCGAAAUCGACGUGUCACAACAAGAGUUGCAGUCGCUGCUGAGGACCGCCGACCAAUUAAAGAUCAAAGGCCUGUGCGAAUCACCUGAUGACAAAGAAUUCAAGGAGGCUUCUCCUCAACCCCAACCCAUACCCCUUUGUUCCAAGCCGAGCAGGAAAUCUUCGUCUCCCAAGCAAUUGAAAAUACACGACAACAACAGGAAACGAAAAUUGUUCAGGAGGUCAAUAAAUAACAAUAACAACAAUAGCAGAACUGGAGAGGAGUCGGAAGUUGAGGACAAAGAGAAUAUUGGUGAAGGUGCGACGAGUGAUGAAGAAAAUGACAUGCCAGUAGCUUUGGAUGAACAUAAAAAGAAACGGCUGGAGCCAGAGCAGACCAAACCGCUAAACAUGAGCAGUCAUGGCAUUCUUACAGGACAGACUAUCUUCUCCCAGUUCAACGUGGACGAUUUUCCGCCGGAGCCGCCCGCCCCCUCGGCCAUCCCGGUCGGCCAUGUGGACAUGCACGACCAUUCUCCCACCCGCGCCCUCCUCGGCACCGCCAUCCACCGCACUGAUAUCUCCGACAACAAGUACAGUCCAGCCGCGACGGAAAUCAAGAAGGAGGCGCAAGACAUCAAAUUCGAAACGUUGCGCUCCUUCGAGUCCGACUCUCUGUUGGAGAUGGACUCGCACAUGUCCGGUGGACACGAUCACUCAACAGACAGUCAUGACGAUGGCGAAAGGGGAUAUAGUUCGAUGAUGGUGACGCCGGAUUUCGUUGGGAUGAUGCCCGGUAUGUCCAAUAGAUUAGAUAUGGGCAACAAUGAUGACAUUUCAAGCAGCAAAAACGGCCACUCGGAGGGUCUGUCCCAUACGUCCCGAUCCCAUGGCGGUGGAGGCGGCCCCAAAACGUGGACCCAAGAAGAUAUGGAUUUGGCGCUGGACGCGUUGCGUAAUCACAACAUGAGCUUAACAAAAGCGUCCGCCACGUAUGGAAUUCCAUCGACGACACUAUGGCAACGCGCCCACCGUCUCGGCAUCGACACACCAAAAAAGGAGGGUCCCACGAAAUCGUGGACCGAAGAAAACCUGAACAGCGCCCUGGAAGCGCUCAGAACGGGGACGAUUUCCGCCAACAAGGCCAGCAAAGCCUACGGAAUCCCCAGCAGCACCCUUUACAAAAUAGCGAGAAGAGAAGGAAUAAGACUGGCGGCACCGUUCAACGCGGCACCCACCACGUGGACGCCCGAAGACUUAGAAAAGGCCUUAGAAUCCAUCCGGACCGGUCAGACGUCUGUGCAGAAGGCGUCGACCGAAUUCGGUAUACCGACCGGCACGUUAUACGGUCGAUGCAAACGGGAGGGCAUCGAACUGUCUAGAUCCAAUCCGACACCCUGGUCCGAGGACGCCAUGGGUGAAGCCCUUGAGGCUGUUCGGUUGGGCCACAUGUCGAUAAACCAAGCAGCUAUUCAUUACAACUUGCCCUACUCCUCGCUUUAUGGCAGAUUUAAACGCGGCAUUAAAUACGACUCGGACAACAUGGAAAUUAGUCAGGACAGUCAGUCACAGAUGGAUCAGACAUUCCCGAUGGAUUACGCCAAUACGCAGCAUCAGCAACAAAUUCAAUAUCAAAAUCAGGCGAACAGCUGAGAUACGGCCUUCAACUUUGAUUGCUUUUAACAGUGACUUCAUAUAGACGCGUUCUAAGCCACGGCGGAUUUAUUGCUUGAAACAGAUCCCAAAUUUGGUACAAAUGUUUACUUAUUUUUAAGGGUAGACUAGAAAUUGCGAUUUGAAUGUUAGAAAUUCAAAUACAUACACUACUAGAUGUGUGAGGAUUUUCUAAAUUGCAUCUCCUAAUACGUAAUCAAAACUGUUUCAGGUGAUAAAUUUGUGUGUGGUGUGCGGUGACGUUCAAAAGCAAACAAAGUAGAAGGAAGGUUUAAAAUAAUAAUGAAUUAUCAGGGAGAUAGUUCUUAACAUAAGCUAAAUUUUAUAAUUACCAAGCUAGGCUGUUGUGCUAAAAUACUUAAGAAAGAAAUUUAUUAUGGGUUAUAUUUUAUUUAAAAGAAAAAACAAAACUAGCAUAAUACCUACUAUUUUCAUCUUAUGUUCAAAUAAUAAUUAUUACAUAACUUAAUUUAAUUAUAUUACCUAAUUAAUUUAAUGGUAAAAGGUAUUUAAGUCACCCCAUACGACUAUAUUAUUUUUAUUAAUCAAAAAAUUAUCAAAUACAUACAGUAGUGGUGGUAAAUACCUCAUAGGCUAAGAUAUUGUAAAUCAUAUUGUAUAUUAUUAUAAAAAACUAGUAAGCAAUUAAUUGUAACUACUGAUUGUAUUUGUUAACCUUCACUGAAGUGGUAUUUACUGGAACGAAAAUAUUUUUAUACAAAUAUGCGUAUUUCCGUUUGAACAUGAGAUUUUCAUAGUAGAUAAGAAAACCUUGUUGGUUUAAGACGAAGUGCAAUAUUAUUCUAUUUAAUACCUAGGUAUAUGUGUACAAAAUUCUUGUAUAUUCUUCAUAAUAUUGUAGGAGAUUGAUUUAAGAGAUUUUUAGUCAUGGGAUCCUAGUUUUGUAUAUUUUGUAUUUUAAUAUCUUUUUUGUUGUUAAUAAUGUUGUUUUUAUUUACCAUAAGCAUACCAAACCUUUGUUAACUAUUUUUAGUUUGAAUUUGAUUCCUUAACCUAUUAAUUUAGUUGCUAUUAUACCAUUUUGUUUUGUUAAUUAAUAAUAAAGUUGUAUUAGUUA